AUGGUUGCAUUUUGGGCAAGAAAUAACAAAAAGCCAAAUUCCCAUGUCAGAGUUUGGAUGCACCCUCUGGCUUUAGCCCAUCUGAUAAUGUACCUAUGCCCUCUGGACCCAAGAAAAAUCUCAGGCGAUCUGGAAUUAGAAAGUGGGCUCGGAGUGGAAGGGACUAAUGAAUAUAUAAGGAAUGAAAUCCAGAAGCCAGCAGAAACCGAGUGGCAAUAG